AUGAUGUCAGGAGAGGCAUGGUUGUACCUAUUGGCGGUGCUUAUCAAUGCCGUCAAUCUGUUCCUACAAGUAUUCUUCACUAUUAUGUACAGUGAUCUCGAGUGUGACUACAUCAACCCUAUCGAUCUUUGCAACCGUUUGAACACGUACAUUAUUCCUGAAGCAGCGGUUCAUGGGUUCUUGACCUUCUUAUUCCUUAUCAACGGGUACUGGGUUGCGCUCGUUCUCAAUCUGCCACUUGUGGCAUUCAAUGUCAAGAAGAUUCUCGAUAACGCACAUCUUCUCGAUGCAACUGAAAUUUUCAGAAAGCUCAAUGUCCACAAGAAAGAAUCCUUCAUCAAGCUCGGUUUCCAUCUUGUCAUGUUCUUCUUCUAUCUCUACUCUAUGAUCGUUGCCUUGAUCCGGGACGAGUCGCAUUGA